UGCCUGGAUCUUGGUCGUUUGUUUACCCGGUAAUUUUCACAUCAGCUCUGAUGACUCUCUUGAGUUUGAUUACUGCAAUUACAGUUACCGAUGGCCUGGAGUCAUUUUGUGCACAUUUUGAGGCUUUCACUGGAGAAACGGAGUGCACCUCUUCUAUGGACUAUUUUUUAUUGGGUAGAAACAUGUCAUUCUACAAAUUUUGGCAAAACUACAUUAUCUGCAGGUAUACAUACAUUUUCGGAGUUGUAUUGUGGGCAGCCCAAAUGUGUCUUACUAUUUCAAGGCUGUUACGUGUUGCCGAUUUUCAGUUCAGCACAGUUGAUAUAAAGGAAAAAACUGGGGAAGAUAAUGAGAAGUUGCGCAAAGUACAUGAAGCAGUAGUGAAAUCGUAUCCAGGACUGAAGGUAGUGACAGAGCUAGUAGAUGAAGAUACUUCUGAUGUGAUCGAUGAAGUAAAUGGAGAGGCAGGAACACAGCUGUAAUGAAGUCAGCAACACUCUGCUUAACGUGAAACCCCUACAAAUCUUCUCACUGAAGACUUGGUACGGACGAUUCGAAAUUGUUGAACAACACAAAGAGAAAGAGAUCUAUAUUUCACUUUUUUUCUUGCUACUAAGUGAAUAUCAAGCUUUAUUUGAAAUUGUAAAAAUGAGAGAAAAAUUCGCUGAUUCACGACAAAUGACACUUUUUGUAAUUUUGUGACAUUUUAAAAAUAUUAAACUUCCUUAUUAGGCUACAUUUCAAUAAGUGUGAAGGAGUUACAUGAAAUCCGUAUCCAAACUGGUAUGAGAAUUCAAUACCAGUCAAAUUCUCAAUAAUUCUCUGAAAUUUUUUCGGAAUGCAUGAUAGGAAAGCAGCAUUUCUAUUUUGGAUAUUUUAUUUUGUUCAGAAUAAUGUGAUAGAAAUAUUUUUAUGACAUUUGGUAUUUUAUUAAACUUCUAAAGUGA